GUGCGGCGCGCGGAUGCCGGAGUCAGUCAUCGAACGGCGAUCGAACCGAGCAGUUCUGUGUUGUAUGCAGAAUUAUUACACUGUUUAUAUGACAUGCGCGCAUAAUUACAAUAAAUCGUGACUAAAAAUAACAGGUAUACCAGCUACUCUGUGAUACAAAUAAGUGAGAGUGCAGUGUUUAUGUUGUUUUGUAAAUAAAUUUGUCUAACUUGUGCCGUGUUUGUGUCGGAACUUGAAGCGAAGAGGUUUUCGUCCAUGCUAAAGGACGUCACACUCGAAUAGACUUAAUAACUAUGAGGCGGCGGCCGCAGGUGGUGUCGCGCGCCAGGUGAGGCCGGCGGUGGUGGUGGUGGUGGCUGGUGAUGGACCACGCGGUGAAGGCCAUGUCUGCGCGCGGGCCGCUGGCCCGGCUGCUCGCGCGGCGCCGCUUCGAGUCCGGCGAGCUGGAGGAGCUGUACGCGCGCUACGCCUGCAAGCUGCAGCGCUCCUCCGUCACCUCCGCGCUGGCGCUCUGGGCCGCGCUGGCGGCGGCUCUCGCGGCACUCGACGCCACCAGGGGCUGGCGCAGAGCACCUCAGGUUGGAGUGCUAAGCGCCCACGCAGUCCUUUGUGGCGGCUUGGCAUGGUGGUGCGGUCGUGCUGGUGGCGUUACUCCAGAGCGGCGUCUACCACGAGCUUGCUGGCUGGCACUGGCGGGUGGGGGCGUAGCCCUGGCAGCCACCCUGCCGGCGUGGGGCUCCGGCGCAGCCGCUGAAGGCGCCGCCCAUGUAGUGUGGGCUGUGUUCGCUGCUUAUGCAUUACUACCAGUUGGCGCGCCAGUAGCGGCCGCUUUCGGACUCAUACUACCCACUGCUCACACCAUUGCAGCAGCCCUCGUGGCCUACAGAUUUCCGUUCCAUGUAUGGCAUCAGAUGGUGGGAAACGUGGUGGUGUUCUUGUGUGUGAACCUGGUGGGCGCGCUGAUGCAUUCUUUGAUGGAGACGGCACAGCGGCGCGCCUUCCUCGACACCAGGAACUGCAUCGCGGCGCGUCUUGACAUGGAGGACGAGAACGAGAAGCUCGAAAGGUUGCUGCUGUCAGUGCUGCCUCAACACGUCGCUAUGGAGAUGAAGAACGACAUCAUCUCACCAGUCGAGGGCCAGUUCCACAAGAUCUACAUCCAGAAACACGAGGAAGUCAGUAUUCUGUUCGCUGACAUAGUGGGGUUCACGGUGCUGGCAUCACAGUGCAGCGCCCAGGAGUUGGUGCGGCUCCUCAACGAGCUGUUCGGCAGAUUUGAUCAACUCGCCAACGACAACCACUGCCUUCGCAUCAAGAUCCUGGGCGACUGUUACUACUGCGUGUCGGGUUUGCCCGAAGCUCGCUCCGACCACGCUCGCUGCACCGUCGAGAUGGGCCUUGAUAUGAUCGAUGCCAUCGCUUCCGUGGUGGAGGCAACUGACGUCCAGCUCAACAUGAGAGUGGGGAUCCACACGGGACGGGUGUUGUGCGGCGUGCUGGGGCUGAGGAAGUGGCAGUACGAUGUCUGGUCCAAUGAUGUCACGCUCGCGAACAACAUGGAAGCGGGAGGAGAACCUGGGAGGGUGCACAUAACACAAGCUACUCUGGAAUGCCUGGGUGGAGCCUAUGAGGUGGAACCCGGCCACGGGUCCAGCAGGAAUGCUUAUCUACGGGACCACUCUAUACAGACAUACUUUAUUAUACCACCAGCAAGGCGUAGAAAGAUGUGCUUAACUGCCGGAAUGGGUUUGAGCUCCGGUUCAAGAAGAAAGCUUUCGUUCAAAAACGUUUCUAACGUGGUCGUACAAUUGCUGCACUCUAUUAAAUUUAACGUCGACGUUCCUUUUUCCAACAUGGCCGCAUCUCCACAAGAGCUCAAAGCGAACGCUGCUAGAAAGAAUAAAGUGACGGAGAAGUUUAAGCGACCGUUGAAAAAGCGUCACUCGUCUGUAUACCACCAGCCUACCAACCGGGUCAACAAGUACCUGGCGCAGGCGAUCGACGCUCGCUCCGUGCAUCGGGAGAAGUCCACGCACGUGCAUCUUCUGACCCUCUGCUUUAAAGACACCGAUAAAGAAGCACAGUAUCGAGCCUCAACGGAUGGUGGAUGGGCAGGCUCGCUCAGUGCUGCAUUGGCCGCUCUAGCCGCCGCGGGUGCUCUCCAAGCUGCUAUACUGCCCCGCACCAUGAUCCUGCUGAUACUGUUCGUGACGGCCUUCGUGUGGUCGGCAGCUGUCCUGGCCCUGACACUAGCGGCUCGACUGAGACUUAUCCCGUGUGAUGUGUCAAGACCCUUUGGUUUGAGGAAUGCCAUCACGACGUUCACUAUCGUUCUUGGAUAUGCUGUCGGACAAGUUAAUGUGGUCACAUGUAGAGAUGUCUACGUAUGUCGAAACUUGACAGAAAAUAUGACAACAAUAGACGACAUUAAACAUGCGAGCGGUGACGUAGUGUCGACACUAUGGAGCAGCAACGACCACCGCGUGUGCCCCGUCCCGCUGUACAUCACGUUGGGAUGUUGCCUCAGUAUGCUGACUGUAGCAGUAUUCCUACGGCUGCCGAUAUUAGUGAAGGGCAUUCUGUUGGCCGUGAUGACGACAGGCUACGUCACUGUUAUACUGAUCUAUCACAAAUACCUGUUCGAUUGCUACGAUUAUAUGACCGAUCCGGGGGCGGUCGGGUCUGCGUACGUGUCGUCUGCGUGGACUGUCGCGCUUGCUCUCGCCGUGUUGCUACACGCGCGCCAGACCGAGUGGACGGCGCGACUUGACUUCCUGUGGCAGGUGCAGGCCCGCGACGAGAAGCGAGACAUGGACGCGCUCCAGGCGUCAAACAGAAGGAUCUUAUUUAACCUGCUGCCUGCGCACGUGGCUACGCACUUUUUGGACAACCAGUUCAGAACCAACAUGGACCUCUACCACCAGUCGUACCAUCGGGUGGGCGUCGUCUUCGCCUCCAUCACCAACUACCACGAGUUCUACAUGGAGUUGGACGGGAACAACCAGGGGAUGGAGUGUUUGCGGCUCCUGAAUGAGAUCAUCGCCGAUUUUGAUGAGUUAUUGGGCGAAGAGAGAUUCAGUGCAAUAGACAAAAUAAAAACAGUGGGAUCAACGUACAUGGCGGCGGUAGGGCUGAUACCCGACAAGAAAAUGGCAGACGAACCAAGCACACAGAAGCAUAUGGCAACCCUCGUAGAAUUUGUAUUUGCAAUGAGGGACAAGCUGAGAGAUAUUAAUGAUAAUUCGUAUAACAACUUUAUGCUUCGUGUUGGUAUAAAUGUUGGCCCUGUAGUAGCGGGCGUGAUUGGCGCCAGAAAACCACAAUACGAUAUUUGGGGAAACACGGUUAAUGUCGCUUCCCGCAUGGACUCCACUGGCCUUCCAAACCACACACAGGUCACCGAGGAGGUAUACCAAAUAUUGAAAGAUAUGGCGUACCAGUUUGUUUGUCGCGGUAAAGUCAAGGUUAAGGGUAAGGGUGAGAUGACGACAUAUUUCUUAACCGACCGGGGGCCGACCAACAACUCGACUCACCACACAACCAACAGUCAACCUCAAAAUCCACCAACAGCUUACGGUGGCGUGGCGACACCUUUAGCUAUGCUGCAAAAUUCGACCAGACGAGCCAUACAACCGUCACGCCUACCACCGCUUCGGGAAUCAUCCGUCGCUGGGGAGAACGAACCCCUCCUCCCUCAACCUAACCAGAACGGAAAGGGAAGUAAAGGCCGAAGAAACAAAGAUGAAGAUGUUCCCCCUCCUCCCCCGCCCCACGGAAUCAACGCAAAUCCAAGAUGGCCACCGCCGAGAGCUUUUGUCCCACCGUGGCCUAGACCGCAGGAAACGCGACAAGCAAUCGCCCAUAAACGGAGAGCUCCAGCGCGGUUGCCGCGACCACGGUCCAGUGAGAGCUUACCUUUAGCGAGAAGUCCUCGCGUACAUUCUUCAGCCGACGAACUGAGCUCCAUAACUCGGUCCCCCAGUCUCAGUUCUUCAGAUGAAAGCUACUCCAGAACGACAGACGCAUCGCCUUCCCCGCCUCGUGCUAACAAGUGGCAGAACAGACCCCAACAAAUAGAUAUUAAUCCCAACCCUGGAUACGACUAUCCGCAGAAUCGGAAACAUUCACCAAAUAUCAUUCAAGAUUUGUAUGUUAAAUACAGACUGAACAAGAAACCUUCUCUAGAAGACAAACUUGUAGAUGGAAAUAUUGACUUGCAGAAAGACGAGGAAAAACUACAGAGGAGUAUUUUAAACAUGCUUCAGACGUCUGUUAAACGGGAUGGCUCAAGUCAAACUGAUAAAAAAGAUGUGUCCCAUAGGUUCACUCACAGGACAAGUUCAUUCUCUAGUUCAGGUAGUCGUCCGAAUAAUUUGAAGCACUUGAAUCAUGACAUAAGAGAGGUUUUUACGAAGCGCAGUCCGAUGGACGUGGCUUGCGUUCCACCGUUUGAAAGAGAAAUAAAGAGACUGCUGGAUGAUAAGCUUGUGAAGGGUUCCUCACCAAAGGCUGAACGGAAGGAUUUAAAGCUUGAUUUAAGGGCGGCUAACGCGUGCGUGGAAGCAGUUCGAGCCAGUAAUAACAACAGCAGCCCGCUCCACGCGGUGGGGCUGGCCGCCAUCACGCAGCUGGCCAGGGCCGAGCCCUCCCCCACCGCCCCCGCAGCGGUCCCCGCGGUGCCCUCUCCCAGGACUGACUUCCCGGGAGUCCUGCCCACCGACGUCGUGGUUGAUCUACCCUCGCCGACGCACUCUAAGCAGAGCACUAAUCCAAAACCGAUAAGGAACGAGAUUAUUAAUACCAAAGACAAACAGGAGAAGGAUGCUACAGAUAGAUUCCAGAACCGGAUACCCACUUCCAACCAUAGAGAAAUGGGUCUGUACGGCGAGAGUCAAUCGGAGUGGAGCUCAUCGUGCUCCGAGGGUGAAGGUGAAGGGGACUGCUGUCAGCCGGAGAGCACGGGCUACACCACCGACGACCCCGCGCUGGAGAACGUCUCCAUGUUGAACGAGGCGGGGCUCACGGACGCCGAGGCUGCUCUUAGUGACGUCAACUCCUGCUACUUCGACAGAGACGACGACGUCUCCUCCCGCGCCUCCUCCAGACUCCUCGACUCUGAAGCCCUCGUCUCCCUCGAGUCCCUCAGCGCCAUCUACGACUCCGACGAACCUGCGCAUAGGUACUUAGCUAACAUUCGAACGGUCAGCGAAUCUAUCACUAGAAACUUCGGGCAACCCGCCCACGUCACAGAUGGCGAGAGUGACGUUUGAUGAGGAUGAGUUCCGACCGUACUCGUUUCAAUCUUCCCCAGAAUCCCAAAGAUGAUAAGUCUGAAUAGGAAAUCCCAGCUCUCUAAUCGGCAUUAAAAUACUCAAAAUUAUUUACGUGUUAACUUACGAAGGUAGGGUUUCUACGUUCGUUAGCUCUUACUGUGGAAAAUGUGCCUGAUUGUUUAACUCUAUUGUAUGUGUAAAUUGUUAAUAUGUACCUAUUAAUGUUACAUUGUACGGUAAGUGUGGUGCCAUUGAAUGGUGCACGCGUCAUCUAGAAGUUCGCAGUGAUCUCUGAUAUAACAAGGUGCUCUCGUUUAGAAUUAUUUGUUGCUCGUCUUGUGAUAAAGGUGUUCCGAACUUAAUGACCUUCCUCUGUGCUUGAGUGUGAUAGGGUAAGGGCUGGCCCCCUUCUGUAAAUUCUCAUAAAACCUCUUAUAUUUAAAUCGAUUCAAUUAACACACAUUUAUAACGUAGUUUGUGUAAGUAUUAUUGCAUUUCAUUACAUAAUUAGUGUUAUAAUGUUACCGUAGAUAUUACUUAAACGACACGAGAUUUUAAUUACCAAAAAAGGGACUUUGGAAUAUAGAUAUAUAUUGAAUUGGAAUAGAUAUUGUAGAUUUACUGGAAAACAACUCAAUUAUUACACGUUACACUUUUCAAAAACCUAUCUUGGAAUGGAAUUUGGAAGUGAGUUCACUAGCGAUUUAUAAAUAAAAUUGUGAACUAAACGAAAUUUGUCAAUGAUUUCCUUGUUAUUUUUUCAUAAAUGUGUUCGGUACUGGCAAGGGAUAAAGCAUUUUUUUUGGUAAUUUUAAUAUAGUGACGUAUACUUAAAUUUACCUUUUUUCUAUUAUUUAAUAUUCUGUUAUAUAAUUAUUUAUUUUUUUCGUAUUUUCGAUCAUUUUACCAGUACGCCACGGGCGAUUUUUUCAUUAUAUUAUAUUUUCGUUUUAACUCCAAACAUGAUAUAAUAUAAUAUUAUGUUGACAUGAAGUGUCUUUGAUCUAUCAAAGGUAUUACAGAAUCGCUUCUUCUUCUUUUUGUUUCUAGUCACAAUUUUCUUAUCUUGACGUAACUUUCUAACAGUACAUAAUAUAUAAGUAUUAGGUGCCAUUUAUUUAUUUAUAAUUUUAUAUAUACUCAUCAUACAUUUUUCUUAUAUUUGUGAUAUAUUUUUAUACAUUUACGUGACUAACCUAAUUUUUAUACCGUAUAAAAUUUUUUGAGCUUUAGAUAUCUAGUAUAGCUAUUGAAUCUGGUAUUGUUACAAUGUUAUAACUAAACCUUAAACUAAUUAGAAAUUAUUGAAAAUGCAAUAAUUAUUGUAAAUCCUUAGAAUCAAUUCAUAGACAAAAUUCGAAAUAAAUAUUCCCAAAAUACAUAAUUUAUAAUAAUAUUCGUGUCAAUUUCGUGUCACAUUCGUAUAGAAAUAAGAUUUUAUUUGUGAUAAUAAUCGAUCGAUAAUGGGAAUUAUUCUAGAUGGUUUAGAAGUUUUUAUAUACACACUUCGUUAUUCAGAUAGUUGUUCAAUAAAAACAUUAACCCAAUACUUAUAAAAAAUUCACAAAAAAAAAAUAUUUUAUAAUCUGUUGGUAGAAAGUAGAAACUCUUUAAGUUUUUACACUCAAAAUUAGUGACGUUCUAUACAUAUAGACAAAUCACUUCGUAAAAAAUGAAAUCCGACAUAUGGAACAUGCCACACAUAACACUAUUAUAAGCUUCGACUCAAAAAUACCACAGUGUCUGAAGACGAAGGUUUUUAACCAGUGUGUGUUGCCAGUGAUGACAUACAGAACGCUGACGUGGUCCCUAACUAUGGGCUUUAUGUAGAAGCUCAUUGUCGCUCAGAUGGCAAUGGAGAGGGCUAUUCUGUUUUUCGAGUUUCCCUGCAAGAUCGAAUCAGAAAUGAGGAGAUCCGUAGAAGAACACCGGCAUAUCCUAGUUGGUUGCGAAACUGAAGUGGUAGUGGGCAGGGUAUAUAGCUCGACGGACAGAUGGCCGUUGAGGCAGUAAAGUCCUCGAAUGGCGACCACGUACUGGAAGACGUAGUGUAGGUAUGCCCCCCCCAAAAGAUGGACCGACGAUCUGGUCAAGAUCGUCGGAACACGUUGGGUGAGGGCAGCGCAGGACCGAUCGUUACGGAGAUCUUUGGGGAAGGCCUUGUCCAGCAGUGGACGUCUUCCGGCUGAAAUGAUACUUAUGAUGAAGUUUCGACUGCUAUAUCUUAUACAUUUCCGCAUUCACUCCAGUCGUUUAAAAUAUUCUCAGUCAAUAAGCAGCAAUGUAAAACAUUUAUCAGAUUUGAUUCGGACAGUGACAUUUGACACAAGCAAGUUUUCAAGCACACUUUUGCCGUUCCGCCAUCAGACUGCGAAUUAUUUGUCCUUAACCAUAAAUGUGUAUAGAACGUCAUUGCUCAAAACAAUUGCUAUAGGUUAUAACAUUGAUGUCAGCUUUUCUUUUGUUGACACGUCAUAGAGUACAGAACAGCAAAUAUCGACUAAAUAUUCCUCGUUGUCGACUCAUCUGUAUACAAACGCAAUAUUUGUGCAAAAUUGUACUUAAGUUGAUAAAGAACUGACUCAUACGCAGUUCGCACAGUGAUGCUAUUAGUGUAAAUGUGGUUCAAUGUAUCCAUUAUCACAUAUAUUUAAUUUACUUCUUUUCCUUUAACAGCUAGCUCAUUUAGUAGAUUAUUUAAUCUAUCUAAAACAAAAUGUAUAUACUAUUAAGUAUGUGUAUAUCUUCUAAGUAGUUUAGUAUCUCUGUAUAUAAAUUAUUGUUAAUCGUAAUUAAUGUGUUGUAACUACAUAGAGUUAGCGAGCUGUGAAGAUAUUAUAUUUUUAAAUCACUUAUUUGCCAAUGUCUGCCGUACGUUUCGUGUUUUUAGUUCGUUUAUACGAAUACCACUAUUAUUAGUGCCAAAAAGUUUUGCUUGUUAAGAUUGUUACGGUUUAUUGAGUAUUUAUUAAACAAUUUGGAGAUGACCAUUUCAAUGUCGGUAUACUUUUUGAUUUUACUUACCAUUAUUAAUGUACAAUUAUGGGUAUGUUCCGAUAUGUACUGCGAGCACUGCACAGGGCUAUCAUUGUAAAAAAUUCGUUUCGUUAUGGACUGCCAGUAUAGUGCCGCAGUACUCUAGGGAAAUAUAUGACGUCAUAAAUUGCUGCCAAAUUCUACUGUGAGCACUGGCGUUUUCGAGGUAAGGUACUCGCAGUACUUUGAUCACGUGAUCAGUCAAAACCACUCGAGUGCCUAAAAUAUUAAUUAAAAUAUUUUUAAUUUGACAGUACUCCAACAAAAGUUUUUUUAAUGAACUAGAAAACUUUAAUACACUCAUUUGAAUGCUGCGUAAAAAAUGCGGCUGACAGUAUACGGGAUUGCGUUCCAUUUUGAAUAGUAACCAGUAUAACUGGCUAUAAAGGAACGGCUUCACAGUAUACUAAAUUGACCUCACACUGUACAGUGGUCGCAGUGCAUAUCGGAACAUUCUCUAACUAAAUAGUUACCAAAUUGUAUUCACGUGGAUAUUUGAAACUUAGUCGCCUAGGCUGCCGGCACUCGGGCCAGUUACCCAUUAAUGUCAUGAAAAUCUAAAAACUGUAUACCAGAAAGGAGAAAUUGUUUUCAUAUGACAGUUAGUAAUAUGUCUUGAUAAUGGGUCCUCCCACAGGAUAGUUGCGAGUGCCAUUUGCAUUGGUGAUAAUUACUAUAGUGCUAUUAAUAAUUUCGUUCUUGUCAAUUUUGAGCUGUUGCAUGAUACGAUGCGAUUAAAAGUAAAGUAACAUUGAAACAUUUAUAAUAUUAUUGUAGAAUGUUUUCAUUUCAGAUUUGUAAUAUUAUUUAUUUCAAUUAAACUAAGCAUUAUUACAAUUCUUUAUAUUAUGAUUAAAGUGGUUUAAAUUA